CAGAAGCAAACCCUCCUCGCUCACUCUCAUGUGGAAGACAAACCGCUCGCUUAUACGCAAGGCGCACACAAAGCGAGCACGCAAGCAAAACGUCAUCGCACACCGUGUCAUGUCUAUAGCAGAAAAAAAGUUCAAGUGAGUAAGUACAACAAAUCUUCUAGCUAAGGGAACCUUUGGAUGAGCCGCGCGAUGUGAAAAACAAAAGUGACUGCCAACUAGAAAAGUUUAUGUGCGGCAAAUUGGCCACCUGCGAAUCGGCCACUCCAGACGGAGCUAGUUAGCCCGGGAAACGGAUUCUCGGUUCGGAGCUUUGCAGACGAUAGGCGAUAGACGAUUUGAACCACCACCAACCAUAUGGAGAAAGGAACAACAUUCGUGGCAGAAAAUUAUUGGAACUAAACAAUUCGAACUAUACUACAACAGUUGCAGGCAUGAAUCCCACCAGAAACAGCUAUUAGAGCCCUUUCAAAACGGUACAUUCCUAUCGUCCGAUCGAAAAACCUUCCCAUUCCCAGUAACAAAAGUACGACCAAAAGAGACAAGCGUCAUAUCACUUAGAGCUUAAGCCCCCACAAUUCACUUACAACACACAAACACUCACACUUAACUACUAUGACCAACAUCAAGUAUGAACGGGUCAAGCAAACCAUCGAUCACGAGCCCCAAAACGACGAAAUCGAACUGGAAAGUGAGACUCAAGUGCGCCGCCACGGGAUGGGCAGCUCCAAGAGCCACCAGUACGUAGUGGCCAACAGUCGGGCAGUAGUAGGUGGAGUCACGGCCAAGCGAAAAACCUUCACCCAAACCAUCAUAGUGACACUACUCCUGAUCCUGUGCUACUUCACGUUGUCCAUUGGGCUGACCUUUUACCAGCGGCGACUGCUGCAGGAACUCAAGUUCCCCUUGUCGGUGGUGCUGUACCACCUCUGCAUUAAACUAGUCAUGUCCGCGGUGGUACGGGCAAUCCUACGCUGUGCCACCAAGAAGAAACGUAUCCUAUUGGACUGGAGAACGUCUGUGCGGAAAAUCCUGCCCACCGGGUUGGCCAGUGGAAUCGACAUUGGGUUCUCCAACUGGGGACUGGAACUGGUGCAGAUAUCAUUGUACACAAUGACCAAGUCCACCACGAUCGUAUUCAUUCUGAUUUUUGCCAUUUUGCUGAAGCUGGAAAAGAAGAGUUGGUCCCUGGCGGCCAUCGUGGUGAUGAUCUCCGGCGGAUUGUUCCUCUUCACGUACAAAUCGACCCACUUCGACGCGUUGGGAUUCUCAUUUCUGCUGUUUGCCUCGCUGUCCAGUGGAAUCCGAUGGUCGUUCGCUCAGCUCAUCAUGCAAAAGUCCAAGCUGGGUCUGCAUAAUCCAAUUGAUAUGAUCUUCCACAUGCAACCGUGGAUGAUUCUGGCCGUGCUUCCUUUCACGAUUGGUUUCGAAGGAAAACGCAUACUGGAUGGUUUAGACGUCGUAAUGCAGACAGAUUCUUCGGUGAUAAUGGACAUGUGGCUUAAAAUAUCGGUUGGUGCGUUUAUCGCAUUCGCCAUGGAAGUCAGUGAGUUCUUAGUACUGUGUAGCACUUCCAGUUUGACAUUAUCAGUUGCAGGAAUAUUCAAGGAAAUCUGCCAGCUGGUCCUGGCGGUGGAACUGUACGGCGAUCAGCUCAGUCUGAUCAACGUUCUUGGUCUGGUGAUGUGUCUCGGAGGUAUCUGCUGCCACGUGGUACACAAGUUCUGGACCUACACCGAAGAGCAACAGACGAUCGAUACAUACAGCGGUUACGAUGACGACGAAGACGAGUCCAGCGUGGUUGGCCAGAAUGGCCUCUCAUCGCCCAAGUACAACUCUAAGUUCGAUCUGACUACCACAGCACGCUUCAACAAGGCCGGCGCACAACAGCGACCUCUGCUGGUGAACGAGAACCGCGACGCAGAGGAUUCGGACCACCUGGUGGUGAACAACCGGAACUACGUCUCCGACGAUAGCGAUCAGGGUGAACACGAAACUCAGGACGUUCUGUUUGAUAUACUGAAGAGACGCGAGCGAUAACUUUUGCGAGCAGGAUCACCGACUUCAACUACCUUAAUGUUUCAUUGUACACGAAGACUACUAUUAUUGCCUACCUUAUAGUUUGAUUUGUUAACUCUACGCUUAUCGAUCACUCCAUGCGGGGCGAUGCCCAGAGUGGGAACUGAAUUUAAAAUUCCAACUGGUUUUGUUACGAUUUGUACAUUCGUUUUUAAUAACUAUUAGUUAGUUAGUUAAUUUUACUGUACGAUGGCAUUGUAUAUUUAUAAUUAAAUAUUUAUGUAGUUUCCUUCCAUUUUCUCCGCACUGUCGCGAAGAAAAAAAUGUGAAUAUAUAACUUUUUACAACUGCAAGUGAAAUCUAAUCGAGUAUCUGGAACUUUUAAUUAGGACGAAGCAUCAUUUCCGUUGAAACGGCAUUUAACUAUUAUGAUACAGUGUUACCACACCAUUAAGUGACAACAGAACUCCCACAUUUCCGAGUAAAUUCGUAACCGUUGAGUAUAAAAAAAAACAUACAAAAUAAUUAAUCAUAAUGAAGAAUAACCUGAUGAUGUAAGAACGAUCGUGAUAAUUGCUUAUGUUCAAACAAUUUUUGUAUACACACGUACCGCAACACUCGCCAAUUCUAUCGCGCGCGCGUUAAAUAUGUGCACACCUUUUACGUUUGUGAAUCGAUGUAUUGUAAAAAAAAAACUGGGAUAAAAGAUCACAGCCCACAACUGAAAUAUAUAUAGUGACUGGUUA